UCAUUAUUCAUCUCUGACCAUGGGAUGGACAAUGAAUGUAUCAGCUUCAUUGAGGUGCAGGUGCACCAUUCUUCUCCUGUCUAUGAUUGUUUUUGUAGCCUUUCCAGAGCAGCGAGCUAUCUAUCUGGUCUUAAUGGAAGGAGAGCCAAUAGCAUUCCACCAUGGUACAGAACUUCUUGAAGGAGAAAGGCAUGAUCCCAACAGUAAAGGUUACAGGGCUCAUGCAAAGCAAUUGGUGGAUUCUCAUGAUCAACUUCUACAGAACACUAUAGAGGUUGGGGGCUACAAAAAGCUCUACAGCUUCAAACAUAUCAUUAAUGGCUUUGCCAUCCACACAACUCCUUCUCAGGCUAAAAAACUGGAAUUAGUGGAAGGAGUGACAUUGGUAGAGGAGGAUAAAGGUGUUAAAUUGAUGACAACAUACUCACCUCAGUUCCUAGAUUUACCCAUGUCAGUAUGGACUCAAGAAGGAGGAUAUAGACAUGCUGGAGAGGGACUAGUAAUUGGAGUUAUUGAUUCUGGUAUUGAUCCAAUGCACCCAAGCUUUGCUUAUGAUCCUUUAGAUCCAUACACUUCAGAACUUCCUCGAUUUUCCGGUGACUGCGAAACUGGUCCUCGGUUCCCUUCAUUCUCAUGCAAUGGUAAGAUAGUGUCAGCAAGGUACUUCUCAGCAGGAGCUCAAUCUAUCACUCCUCUUAACACUUCAAAGGACUUUCUCUCACCAUUUGAUGCAGAUGGACAUGGAAGUCAUGUGGCAUCAAUUGCAGCAGGGAACUUUGGAGUCCCAGUGGUUGUGAAUAGCUUCUUUUAUGGGCGUGCCAGUGGAAUGGCGCCACGUGCACGCAUUGCAGUAUACAAGGCAAUAUUCCCUAGCAUAGGGACUAUGGCGGAUGUGGUUGCUGCAAUUGAUCAAGCGAUUCUAGAUCAAGUGGAUAUCAUAGUACUCUCCCUUGGACCAGAUGCACCUCCAAAAGAAACACCAAUCUUCUUAAAUGUAUUCGAGAUUUCCAUGUUGUUUGCACAGAGAGCUGGUAUUUUUGUGGUACAAGCUGCAGGGAAUCGUGGCCCAAGUCCAUCCUCAAUUGUGUCCUUCAGUCCAUGGGUAAUGAGUGUUGCUGCUUGCAACACAGACAGGAGUUUCCCUGGUAAACUUGUUCUUGGUGAUGGUAGAAACAUUAAUGGUGUGGGACUAUCUGGGCCAACUUUUGGAAAUGGGUUAUUACAUUAUAUGUUAGUGCUAGCAAAGGAUGCAGUGAAGGAAAGUGGAACCUUCCCCAAGACACCACAAUAUGUGGAAGAGUGUCAAUACCCAGAGGCAUUUGAUCCUACAUUGGUGCUUGGUAGUAUUGUUAUCUGCAACUUCUCAGCUGGGUUCUUCAAUGGGACCUCCACUGUUACAGCUAUCUUGGAUACUGCAACUGAGUUAGGGUUCAUGGGUUUUAUUCUCACUGCAAAUGCUCUUUAUGGUGAUUUCAUUGCUCAACCAAUUCCCUUUGCCGUUCCAGGCAUUAUGAUCCCAAAAGUAGCCGAUGUGCAGAUUCUAUUGCAGCACUACGGGCAGUGGACGACCAGAGAUCAUAAUGGACGCGCCACCGAAUACAAUGCAAGAGCAGCAAUAGGAGAGGGAAGAGUUGCUUCUUUCCAAGGACGAGCACCUACUGUUAGCAGAUUCUCUUCAAGGGGACCAGACUUCAUCGAUGCCAGUCGAAGCAACCUAGCAGAUGUACUCAAGCCUAAUAUUCUUGCUCCGGGCCACCUUGUCUGGGCAGCUUGGAGUCCUAUGAGCAUCGCAGAACCCAUCCUUAAUGGUUACAAUUUUGCUCUAUUAUCUGGAACUAGCAUGGCAACUCCUCAUGUAGCUGGAAUUGCAGCACUCAUUAAACAAUAUAAUCCUUCAUGGACUCCUUCCAUGAUAGCCUCUGCAAUGUCUACCACAGCAUCUAGAUAUGAUAACUAUGGAGAACCUAUCAUGGCAGAAGGAUUUAAUAUCACUAGCUUAUAUCCCUCCACUCCUUUUGAUUUUGGGGCUGGCCUAAUAAACCCAAAGCUUGCAUUACAUCCAGGCUUAGUUUUCCCAUCAGGAUUUGAAGACUAUGUUGAGUUCUUGUGCUCCUUACCAAAUACCAACUCAUCAGUCAUUAAAGCUAUUACUGGGAGAUUAUGCAAUCACUCACUUGCCCAUUCAUUUGAUCUUAACCUCCCUUCAGUAACCAUAUCAAACUUGAUUACAUCUCAAGUAGUGCGACGAAGUGUGAAGAACGUAGAGAGUAAACCAGAAACGUAUUUAUGUGCGGUUCUCCAACCAAGAGGGGUUGAAGUUAGUGUGAAUCCACCUCAGUUUACUGUAAAUCCGCAGGGAACUCAAGACUUGGAAGUUACAAUCAAUGUGACCCAAGCGUUAAACUCCUUCAGCUUUGGUGAGAUUGUUCUAACUGGAAGUUUGGAUCACAUGGUGAGGAUACCAUUAUCUGUUUUUACUGUUCCAAUGUAACAGGGAUAAA